CAACAGUGGCGUAGUCGUAAAUCCAGCAAACUUCUUUUUUCCUCCUCGCCGGCGGCAAAGUUGCCGUCGUUGUUUCUCUUCACUCCCAAUCGCCACCAACGAUGCAGUUCCGCCAUCGGAUCAAAGCAACCCCUUCUUCCGUCGCGGAGUUCCCCCUCUUCGGUAACCUCUCCAGCUCCAGUUUCUGCUACGAACCGUUCUGAUCCGGAGAAGAAGCAUCAGAUCCGAGCGGCGACGCUUCUGAGCUUGGGAAGCCGUCGUCAACUGGAGAGAUUCAUUCGGAGACAGUACUGCUGGGUGGAUUUGCCAAUGCUAUCACUCGAAGAUCUUGAAAGCAAUGAUGAUGGAACCCGUGGAUUUGAAGCUCUAGUUGUGAAUGAUCCUUCCCUGGAUGAGUUUCUUCAAAUUGCACGAUGCAUUGCGCUGGAUUGUCCUUCCUUCCAGCAGUCUUGACGUGCUGGUACAGAGGCUGUAGGAAUGAACCCAAUGCAAGUAGUAGGAGGAGUUGGUUUCCAGAAUCGCCCGUCUUUGAGAUCCCAAAGGAACUUGAUCCUGUGGUGUGGUGGGAAGGAUCGAUCAUCUUGGAAUGUUGGCAAACCUGACGGAAGUCCUGAAGCCUUCUUUGAACCGGCUCGUGCUUACUUCAUCACACUAGGGAAUAUAUGAAACACGGUAAAAAGUGCUUAUAGUAUCGGGUUAUAAACUUGGUCUCCUAUGUUAUUGUUUCCCCACAAUGGACGCUUAUCGCUCAGAGCCCAAAGCUUUUCCAUCAAUUCCAAUAUACGGUUCGAUUAUAAAAAUUUAGUAAUAUUGUUUGUUCACCACUAAUUUUUUCUUAUCGAUAUCAACUUGUGUUAGUCAUCAUAGUGUCUAUUUUAGUCCAAACAGAAAAGUAAUAUCCAGUAAACUAUGGAGUUAAUUCGAUAUUGGUUUGUAUUGUUCUUAUAAUUUUGGAUCAUAUAAAUCACAAUUAGUGAUUCUGGGACGAAAAUGAUAUCUUGAGAGACUUUGGGGGUUGCGAGAGUAAAUAUAUACUCUUGAAGGAGAGAGUGUACGUGGAGUGCUAGAGACAGUGAGUGAUUAGGGUCCACGAAUUGGCGCGCAUCCCAUGGGGAUGAAAGAAGAAACCCACCGAAUUCGAAGGAUGAACAACAAUGUCACUCUCUCUCUUAUUUUUUUUUGUUUACUCAUUCCUACAGUCGCUCCUUCGCUUCUUUUCUUCUUCUCUCUUUAAUUUUUUUUUUUCCGAUCUCGCUUCCUCUCAGUUACAUGAUUCUAUUUCAGUUUCUGGUGGAUCCCAUCAUUUUUUUUUGUUCUCUGUGGUGAUCUUAUUCCUCUGAACGUCUUUAGAUUGUCGUAAUAUAUCGGUUAUUUGAUUUUGUUUUGUCGGAAACUGUAAUCGUUUUGUCCGAAUCCCUCUCCGGUGUGUCUGUUUGUCUAGAAAUCUACAGAUUCUAUAGGUUUCUUGCGUAACAAGUCACUAUACUGCGGGGAAUGUCCCAAAAAAUGGAUCUCCUUCACUUGUAAUCAUUGUGAAGAAGAAACGACUGACCAAUAUUGAACAAUGGGAACUCCAGUAAAUAUUAUUGUAGGUUCUCAUGUUUGGGUUGAAGACUCAGACGUGGCUUGGAUUGAUGGUGAGGUUGAAAAACUCACUGGACAAGAAGUUGUGAUCCAAGCCACAACUGGAAAGACGAUCACUGCAAAGUUGUCAAAGAUAUACCCAAAGGAUGUGGAAGCUCCUGCAGGUGGUGUUGAUGACAUGACAAAGCUGUCUUACCUGCACGAACCUGGUGUCCUUCAGAACUUAAAGAUCAGAUAUGAACUUAAUGAGAUCUAUACAUACACAGGAAACAUCCUUAUAGCCAUUAAUCCUUUUCAACGGUUGCCUCACAUCUACGAUGCCCAUAUGAUGCAACAAUACAAAGGAGCACCUUUUGGAGAACUAAAUCCUCAUGUUUUUGCUGUCGCUGAUGUUGCAUACAGGGCCAUGAUUAAUGAAGGGAAGAGCAAUUCGAUUCUUGUAAGUGGUGAGAGCGGAGCUGGAAAAACUGAAACCACUAAGAUGCUUAUGAGAUACCUUGCGUAUUUAGGAGGUCGAGCAGUUACAGAAGGAAGGACUGUUGAACAACAAGUUCUUGAAUCAAAUCCUGUCCUUGAAGCCUUUGGUAAUGCAAAAACUGUGAGGAAUAACAACUCAAGUCGCUUUGGUAAAUUUGUUGAAAUCCAAUUUGAUAAGCAAGGAAGAAUAUCUGGAGCUGCCAUAAGGACCUAUCUUCUAGAGAGGUCUCGUGUGUGUCAAAUCUCUGAUCCGGAGCGCAAUUACCACUGCUUCUAUCUUCUUUGUGCAGCACCCCAGGAGGAAAUUGAAAAGUACAAGCUGGGCCAUCCAAAGACCUUUCAUUAUCUGAACCAGUCUAAGUGCUACGAGCUUGUCGGUAUAAGCGAUGCUCAUGAUUAUCUUGCCACAAGGAGAGCUAUGGAUAUUGUCGGAAUUAGCGAAAAGGAACAGGAAGCAAUUUUCAGGGUGGUUGCUGCAAUUCUUCAUAUUGGAAACAUCGAGUUUACUAAGGGAAAGGAAGUGGAUUCAUCUGUUCCUAAGGAUGAUAAGGCGAAGUUUCAUCUUAAGACAGCAGCAGAACUUCUCAUGUGUGAUUUAAAAGCUCUUGAAGAUGCAUUAUGUAAACGUGUUAUGGUCACACCCGAGGAAGUUAUCAAGAGAAGUCUCGAUCCAGAGAGUGCUGUUACCAGCAGGGAUGGUCUCGCUAAGACAGUCUACUCUCGAUUGUUCGAUUGGUUGGUAAAUAAGAUUAAUAACUCGAUUGGACAAGAUGCGAAUUCAAAAUGUCUAAUUGGAGUUUUGGACAUUUACGGAUUUGAGAGCUUCAAGACUAACAGUUUUGAACAGUUCUGUAUCAAUUUCACUAAUGAGAAGUUGCAGCAACAUUUCAAUCAGCACGUUUUCAAGAUGGAACAGGAAGAGUACACAAAAGAGGCAAUAGAUUGGAGCUACAUUGAAUUUGUGGACAACAAAGAUGUUCUUGAUCUUAUAGAAAAGAAGCCUGGUGGAAUCAUUGCUCUCCUCGAUGAAGCUUGUAUGUUUCCAAAAUCAACCCACGAAACAUUUGCAAACAAGCUAUAUCAGACUUUUAAGGCUCACAAGAGGUUCAUCAAACCAAAACUCUCUCGAACAGAUUUUACCGUUGCUCAUUAUGCUGGAGAAGUUCUAUAUCAGUCUGAUCUAUUUCUGGAUAAAAACAAGGAUUAUGUGAUCCCUGAACACCAAGAUUUGUUGGGAGCUUCCAAAUGCCCUUUUGUCGUGGGUCUUUUCCCUCCACUCCCUGAAGAAACAUCUAAAUCUUCAAAGUUUUCAUCUAUUGGUUCUCGUUUCAAGCUGCAACUCCAGCAACUGAUGGAAACAUUAAAUUCUACCGAGCCUCAUUACAUCAGAUGUGUGAAGCCUAACAAUCUCUUAAAACCUGCCGUAUUUGAGAAUGUGAAUAUCAUGCAGCAGCUGCGUUGUGGUGGUGUUUUAGAGGCGAUCAGAAUUAGUUGCGCAGGGUAUCCAACACGUAAACCUUUCUUUGAGUUUGUCAACCGCUUCGGACUUCUAUGUCCUUCGGCUUUAGAAGGGAGCUACGAUGAGAAAGUCGUGUGUAAAAAGAUAUUGGACAGCAUGGGACUUGAAGGAUACCAGAUUGGUAAAACAAAGAUCUUCUUGAGGGCUGGUCAGAUGGCUGAACUCGACGCUAGGAGGACAGAAGUGCUUAGUGGUGCUGCAAAAAAAAUUCAGAGACGAACAAGAACUCACCAAGCUCAGAAACGGUUUACUGUUCUGAGAAAGGCCACAAUAUCUCUACAAGCUCUAUGUAGAGGAAGACUUUCCUGCAAAGUUUACGAGAAUUUGAGACGAGAAGCUGCUGCUGUGAAGAUUCAGAAGAAUGGUCGGAGAUAUUACUCUAGAAAAUCUUACAAAAAGCUCCAUGUGUCCGCGCUUGCUUUACAGACUGGUCUAAGAGCAAUGGCUGCUCGUAAAGAAUUCAGAUUCAGGAAGCAAACAAAGGCUGCCACAAUUGUUCAGGCUCAGUGGCGUUGUCACAGAGCAACCACGUACUACAAGAAGCUUAAAAAUGGAGUGAUCAUAUCUCAGACACGAUGGAGAGGCAGACUUGCUAGGAGAGAACUUAGGAAGCUCAAAAUGGCUUCAAGGGAAACAGGAGCACUUAAGGAGGCAAAAGAUAUGCUUGAAAAGAAAGUUGAGGAACUCACAUACCGUGUCCAGUUGGAGAAACGUCUGAGGGCUGAUUUAGAAGAAGCAAAGACUCAGGAGACAGCGAAACUUCAGAGUUCCUUGGAGGAAAUGCGGAAGAAAGUGGAAGAAGCAAAUGCAUUGCUGGUGAAGGAACGUGAAGCUGCAAAGAAAGCCGCUGAGGAAGCUCCUCCUGUUAUACAAGAAACACAAGUCUUGGUUGAAGAUACAAAGAAGAUCGAACUGAUGACAGAGGAAUUAGAGAGUGUAAAGGCUACUCUAGAAAACGAAAAACAGAGGGCUGAUGAGGCAGUGAAGAAAUUCGAAGAAGCUCAAGAGUCUCUCGAAGACAGAAUAAAGAAACUGGAAGAGUCAGAGAAGAAAGGCCAGCAACUCCAAGAAUCCCUGACAAGGAUGGAGGAAAAGUGCACCAACUUGGAAUCGGAGAAUAAAGUCUUACGGCAACAGGCUGUAUCCAUGGCACCGAAUAAAUUUCUCUCUGGCCGCUCCCGGUCCAUUUUACAGAGAGGUUCUGAGAGUGGUCAUCUAGCAGUGGAUGCCAGGUCAAGCUUGGAUCUGCAUAGCCAUUCAAUAAACCAUAGGGAUUCCUCUGAAGUGGAUGAUAAACCACAAAAAUCAUUAAACGAGAAGCAGCAAGAAAAUCAUGAGCUACUUAUCCGCUGCAUUGUCCAACCCUUGGGUUUCAAGGGGAACCGACCUAUCACAGCAUGUAUCAUAUAUAAAUGCCUACUUCAAUGGAGGUCAUUUGAAGUUGAACGAACCAGUGUCUUUGAUCGCAUUAUUCAGACAAUAGGCCAUGCUAUUGAGACUCAAGAUAACAACAAUACAUUGGCCUAUUGGUUAUCCAAUGCCUCGACACUCCUCUUACUCCUCCAACGCACACUCAAAGCUAGUGGUGCAGCUGGGAUGGCUCCACAGCGGCGCCGUUCAUCUUCUGCCACUCUAUUUGGAAGGAUGACUCAGAGCUUCCGUGGAGCACCUCCAGGUGUAAAUCUAGCCAUGAUAAACGGUGCUGCGGGAGGUGGAGCGGAUACCUUAAGACAAGUCGAAGCAAAAUACCCGGCGUUACUGUUUAAGCAGCAGCUCACAGCUUAUGUUGAAAAGAUAUACGGAAUGAUUAGAGACAACUUGAAGAAGGAGAUUUCUCCACUCCUUGGACUGUGCAUUCAGGCGCCAAGAACAUCGAGAGCGAGUCUAGUGAAAGGAGCAUCUCGUUCAGUGGCCAACACUGCAGGCCAGCAAGCACUGAUCGCCCACUGGCAAGGAAUAGUGAAGAGCCUUACAAACUUCCUCAACACUCUGAAAUCAAACAAUGUUCCUUCAUUCUUGGUGCGCAAGGUGUUCACGCAGAUAUUCUCGUUCAUCAAUGUUCAACUCUUUAACAGUCUUUUGUUGAGACGUGAGUGUUGUUCAUUUAGCAAUGGCGAGUAUGUCAAAGCUGGCUUGUCUGAAUUGGAACACUGGUGUUUUAAGGCAACAGAUGAGUAUGCUGGUUCUUCCUGGGAUGAGCUUAAGCAUAUAAGACAGGCCAUUGGGUUUCUGGUCAUACACCAAAAACCUAAGAAAACUCUCGAUGAGAUCAGUCAUGAUCUUUGCCCAGUACUGAGCAUACAACAGCUAUACAGGAUCAGUACAAUGUACUGGGACGACAAAUACGGCACACACAGCGUCUCUCCGGACGUUAUAGCAAAUAUGAGGGUGCUAAUGACAGAAGAUUCGAAUAAUGCUGUUAGCAACUCCUUCCUUUUGGAUGACGACUCGAGCAUUCCAUUCUCUGUGGAUGAUUUAUCAAAGUCAAUGGAGAGAUUUGAUAUUGCUGAUAUCGAGCCACCGCCUUUGAUCCGGGAGAAUUCUGGAUUUAGCUUUUUAUUGCCAGUAGCUGAGUGAUCCUUGCAUCUCCCCUCGUCUUCUAGUGUCUUCCUCUUUCACCAACUCGGAUUGCUUGUAACGCAAGUAAUCGCGCAUUUUAUUAUACAUUUUGAAAUUACGGAUAAAAAAGAACUCUUGUGUUUAAGAUUUGAUUACAUCCGCCUUGAACUAUAUUCUCUUACAAACUCGAAUACUAUGUUUUGAUUAAUAGAUCGUCUUUAAUAAUUGUGAAUCUGAGGUGGGAAUAUAA